UUGGCCGGGAGCCCCGGACGUCGGCGGGUGGCUGUGAAGUGUCGGUUAUUGUUUGAGUGGAGAGUGGGCGCGAGGCGGCGGAGAGUGCUGACAGGAGCGGACAUGGCUGGCGGGAAAGCUGGGAAGGAUUCAGGAAAGGCUAAGGCUAAAGCAGUUUCCCGCUCUCAGAGAGCAGGAUUACAGUUUCCUGUAGGUCGUAUUCAUAGGCAUUUGAAGACUCGUACUACCAGCCAUGGACGGGUGGGUGCUACAGCUGCAGUGUAUAGUGCAGCUAUCCUUGAGUAUCUCACUGCUGAGGUGUUGGAGUUGGCAGGAAAUGCAUCCAAGGAUCUGAAAGUAAAGCGUAUCACACCACGUCACUUGCAGUUGGCCAUCCGAGGUGAUGAGGAGUUGGAUUCGCUGAUCAAGGCAACCAUUGCUGGUGGUGGUGUGAUCCCUCACAUUCACAAGUCUCUGAUUGGAAAGAAGGGGCAGCAGAAAACUGCAUAAAGCCCACUUUUGAACCUACCCUCUUCCUCCCUACUGUCGUACUGUAAUUUGGACAGAAGAAACCUGGGGAUACUUGGCAUAUUUUUUUUAAAAGAGUAGUUAAAAUAAAAUGGGAGAGUUUUAGGAGAUGACUUUAGUGUUCAGUAUAAUCUGAAAGAUCUGUUUGUAUGUCCUACAGUUUAGAUUUGAAGCUGUAUGAAUAUAUAACUAGAAAAUGCAGCUGUUUGUCAACAACUAGGUUACAUGUGUUUUAUACAAUAAAACAGUUCAUAAAACAA